UCCGACUCUUCGGCCCACUAAUCGACAAACUACAUCAUUGUAGGAGUGAAGCUGGUUUCGAGACCAGCGAGUAGCAGCAGCCGCAAAGCCACGGCGCUCUACAUUGGCGACAGAGAGCCACCAUCACCACCACAACCCUCGAAAUCUCGCUCCUCUCCGCGCUUUUCUUCUCCCUCUUCGCCGCCGCCACCGCCGCCAUGCCUCCCCGCCGAGCUCCUCGCUGGGACGUCCGGCCGCCGGUCAUCGAUCUGGUCGCCCUCGGGGCUAGGAUCGAGGAGGAGAGUUUGGGCCUCGCUGAGGCCUACCUCGAGGCCCUGGAGGCCGCCGUCGAGCCCCUCGGCGUGCUCCACCGCAUGCGGGAGUACCGCCGCGGCCACGCUCUUGGAGCGGUGCGUACGCUGGCGCGGGACCUUCCGGGGCUGAUGGAGCCCUUCAGCGUCGCUUUUUGCGAGUAUUGGAGGCUGGAGCUGGGGGUGAUUGCCCGGCUUCGGCGGGAGUUUGUGAACCGGGGUUUGGCGGUGCCCCACGGGGCGAGGCGGAUGACGGAUUGGGAGGAGGAGAUGGCGGCGAUUGGGUCGGAGUUGGGCCUCGCGUGGCUGGAGUUGGUGCAGUGGAUGGAGGCGGAAGAGGCGAGGCUGGCGAGGCUGGCGGCGGCGAGGGAGAGGAGGGCGAGGCAGAGGAGGCAGAGGAGGUAGUGGCAGGUGUGGAGUAGAUGGAGGUGUGUUGUGCUGUGUGUGGGCCUUCCGGGAAUAAAAGUUCUUUUUGACUGUUUGACUACAGAAGUUACCCAAUGCGUGAUUGAGUGCCUAUGAUCAUAAACUUCGAUUCGAGCGUCUCAGCCUACCAUUUUGAUAUCACGUUGCUAGUUGUAAGGGUCUCCUGGGCUUUUGAUAUCUUGGAUGAGCCAAUGUAAUUGUUCACGCGUUUUGAAUUAACUGUACGGAGUUAGUUUCG